UUACAUGCUUUUGACAUUUUUACUGACAAAUACGCAACGACAUAACCUACUCAACAACGACGACCUAAUGCGCGCCCCGUAAAGUUUAGACGGUUUAGAGUGCUGUCAUAGAUGUGUUCUGUGGUGCGCAUCAAAAAUUGUUUACCCGCCUUUUUCUCGGCGUAUGCUGAAGUGUUCACCGUACGUGCGUUUCAGCCGGGAGGCUGGUUGACGCAAGAGGAGACAAGUAUAAUAGAGACAGAAGGAUUAGAAAAGGCUUUGUUCCCGUCAUAGCCGUUCGUGUUCCCGUGAACCUAUUUUGUGCCGGAAACAUUGUGCGAGCGACAUUCGCUGCUCGCUGCCAUCUUGGACCGUGCUGUGGUGCUCCGCUUUCAACGCCAAGAGAGCCUGACAUGAUGUUCGGCAGCGGGCGGACGGUUAAUACGACGCCUUCAGCGUGCCUACACCGCUCGCCGAACGGUUUGUCCCAUCGGAGGCCCGCUGUCGGCGCCCUACGACUGUAAACGCUUUUAAGACCCCUAAACCUCGUAAGCAGGUGUUAAAAGCAACCGCUGCCGCUGUUCAGAUGCGAGGCACAGUUCUCAAGUCACGCUCCUCGCAUGCUGAAUCGCCGUAGGCCCGUGCCCGUUAACCCAGCUAAUCGACUAAUCUUCAGCCUUCGCUGUCUUCUUUAGCUGCGGCAUCGAAGUUCGGGAGGCGUCAUCGGCGUCGUUUCAAAGAGCGUGGUGAACUGACAUCCCCUUCUCUCCCGACGAACGACCAGCAACACGGCUGCAUAGUGCGUGCGUUAGUGUUUGUGAACUGCUUUUUCGAUUGCGCACGUUUCUUCUUCGUUUUCUUCGUUCGUUCGAGUGUGAACGGCUGUUUUGUAGGCCUAAACUAUAAAGAGAAAAAAAGAAACUGUGCGCUGAGGAAGUGGCAGAAGAGAGAAGCUUGACGGUGUGUUUUCUGGAGUCCGAGACGACUGCUCCCAACGCAUCUUCGGCCGACUCUGUAUUCCUAAUUCGGUGACUGGAAGAAAAGAAAAAGAAGAUGUGUUCGUGAACUUGCAGUGAGAAAGCUGUCACCGCUGCCAAAAUUCGUUAAGAGGAAAACACCACUCCUCCGGGCUCGCUGGCGAAGAGGCCCGCGGGUCUACAAUUCUUCGGUGCUAGAUUGUGAGCGCGCUUGACUCUCGGUGUCGUACAAUGCAGCGGAAACACCCUUAGUUGUUCGCCUUGCGGUUGCAAAAAAAAAAUCUGAGACACCAACCCGACAUCCCGCUUGCUGCUUGCCCGAAGAACUCCGCUUAAUCCCGACAGGCAUUACGGAAGCAGAUUCCGAACGCAGCUGUCACCAUGUUCUGGAAAUUCAACCUGAUUACCACAUCCCAUGUGGAAACACUGCUCGGCAAAGAGACUGUGACGCUGAGGGAGCUCAUGGAUGAGGAAGACAUUCUGCAGGAAUGCAAGGCACAAACCAAACGACUUAUAGAAUUCCUGGUGAAGCCAGAAGUCAUGGAAGAGCUCGUUGACCUGAUCACUCACGAGCCUCCGGAGGACGUAGAUGAAAAGUUGCGAUACAAGUACCCAAACAUAGCCUGUGAGAUCCUGACAUCGGACGUGCCGCAGAUCAACGACACACUGGUUAGGAGCGAGACGCUGAUGGCCAAACUGCUCGGCUUUCUUGACAACGAGCCGCCGCUCAAUCCACUGCUGGCCAGCUUCUUCACCAAGGUGGCCGCGAUGCUCAUCUCACGAAAGGCAGACUCGAUGUUCUACGUGUGCAUGCAGAAGGAGAACUUUGUUGCCUUGCUGCUGAAGCACAUAGAGACGUCGGCCAUCAUGGACUUGCUCCUAAAGUUUGUCGCCUGCACAGACAGCGAAGCUCUUCGGGUUUCCAUCACGCAGUGGCUGGACAAGGCAAAAGUGGUGCAGCAGUUGGUCGCGCUGAUCGACCCCGGCUGCACCGAGGAGAAGCACAGCAACGCCGCAGAGGCGCUGUGCGAGAUGAUCAAGCUGAGCCGCGAGCAGAUGUCGCUGCUGCAAGAGAAGGCACCGGCUGACCCACUUUUGGAGUCACUUGAGUCGACAGACACUGUGGCCGAGCUCCUGGGGCACAUGUUUUCUGGGGACCGAACGUGCGAAUCGGUCUUCGUCAAUGGCAUCUCCGUGUUGCUGUCAUUGCUGGAAUUUCGCAAGCAAGGGCUGGCUGGUCAGCAGCAGCAGCAACAGCAGCAGCAGCAGCAACAAAACAGCAAUAACGCAGACGGCCCCAAUGGCGGAGGACUCGGAGGCGGCAGUGGUCCCGGCAUGAUGCAGUCAGAGACGGCCUGCUUCAGUUCCAUCUUCUUCCGCUCGGAGAACGAGCAGAUGACGGCGCUCGACGUGGAGCGGCUUCGGGCGGGCGUCGAAAAGGUGCUGGCUGCGGUGCUGCCACGCCUGAGUGACUUUCUCAAGUUGCUCAUGGACCCACCCCAGAAACUAUGCUGGACGACAACGUUUGGCGUACUGGACCCUCCUCUGGGACAGACGCGCCUUGAGGUCUGCCAUCUGGUGAAUGCCCUCAUCAACUCCAACAACGAAGAUGUGAACAAAAAACUGGCGGAACUGGGAGCCCUGCCCACAAUCCUGGACCUGUUCUUUGAGUACUCGUGGAACAACUUCCUGCACACGCAAGUGGCGCAGUUGGUGAGCUCGGUGAUUAGUUCGGCGCACUCACUCGACCAGGAGGGUAACAAGGUGCACCCGCUGCUGGACCAGCUGUUGGGAACCUGCACCCUGGUGCAGAGAUGCCUGGACGCCUGGGACGCCAACACCGCCGAACAAUCUCAGCCCGGAAAACACCGGCGUGGUUACAUGGGCCACCUGACGAAAAUCGUCAAUGACAUUGUAGCCGCAGCGGAUGGUGGGAACAACUCUGAAAUUGUGCGAGAGCGGUUAAAAGACCUUCCCGAGGACAUGCAGGGACGGUGGAAGACGUUUACGACGGAGACGCUUGUAGAAAUAAACAAGAAAAACACCAUAUCUUUGGGUGGUGGAAUGCCCAACGUAUCCAGCACUGAUGAUGACGAGUGCAUCGAUCUUCGUGAUGUCAGCUUCCACCAAGAUGCGGCGCUUCAGCAGGUUUUCCCGAGGUCUGUGCAGCAGGCCUUUUCUGAUUACCAGAUGGAGCAGGUGACAAGCAACUUCGUCGAGCAGUUUGGCUUCAACGAUGACGAGUUUGUCGAGGCGGAUGAAAACCUCGUUGGCCAGCUCGACCAACUGGCAAGGGCGAACUUUCAGCUCCCGCCUGAAGUUAACAUGCAGAGUCAGGCUGAGCUCUUUGAGCGCAUCUGCCGGGAAAAGGUCCAGACGUUGGACGACGCAGACAGCGAUGAUGACAUCUGGGAUGACAAGGAGGUUGUCCUGUCCCCGGACACGCGUGGACGCAGGAGGUUGACCGACGACAGUGAGGAGCCGUACAGCAGCGACUCGGAUGACGAGAAUGGCCCGCGGCCCUCCGCUGUCGCCACGUCGAGUGAGGAAGUGAAGAUGGACGUUGACCAGGCGGCCGAACUGGAUGCCACAGUUGCCAUGGACACAACGAGUCCGUGGGAGAACGCCGCAACAUCGAACGUCGAUUCCGGGUGGGCAACGUUCGACAACUUCGCCAACUUCGGUGCUGCUAACUUCGAGGCUGCUACUGCUGCGGACACGACGACUCCAGCCAUGCCAGUUGCCAUGGAAACCUCGGACCAGGUGCCAUCGCCACCUACAAUUGAAGGCCCUGCAGUUCCGUUGCCGCAGCCCUCAAAUGAGCCGGACUCAACGAAAUGCCCCGAAGCAGCUUCAACAAUGGUGCCAGCUAUCAGCGGCCACUGUGGGCCAAGUGCCACAGAGCAGAAGCCCACCGUAGAGUCGACGGUCGGUGACGUCCCCAAGGUCGAGUGCCCCGACAGCAGUGCACCGAAGGCCUCCAUUUCCAGUUCGGGUGUCAACUGCGUCGAGCUCAACUCUGCGGAGGUCAGCUCUUCGGCAGACACGAGCAUUCAAGAGAACCGCUUGCCAGAGCCCCUAGACGGGCCUGCUGACUCGACGCCCGCCAGCGCGGACAGCGAUGCCACACUGAAGCCAGUUUCCACGUCGGCCUGUGCCAACGGUCCCCUGCCCUCUGUCGAGCCACCAAAGACCUCCAGUGCCACACAGAUAUCAACGCAAAGGCUAGAAGAUGCAAGCAAGGCCAAUGGCAGCAGUGCGAGUGCUGAUGAGGUCCCAGCGACCACAACAGCAGCGCAGCCGACGCCAAGUUCAGCCGACGGCACUGACCCCUCUGCCCCGACUACAACCACGAUGCCAUCACCAAUACCAUCGACGACGCAGCCUCAGGCGCCAACUCAGCCCCAAGUGCAGAAUGGACCUCUGUGAAACAUUUAGGAAGUCUUAUUGCUGCAUCCACGAAAAAUUGUCCUUCUCUCCAAUUGUUUUUUUUUUUUUUAAGCCUUUUUCCUCCGGUUGUAAGUUGGGAAAACCAAGACAAGGACUUGUACCGUGCGCCGGAGUGAGAAAAGGAUGGUGCCGUGUUCGGGACUUGUCUUUGCAGAGGACACGUCGCCUGUUUUGUCAUUUUCUUUUCUUUCCUCCAAUCAUCCCCUGUGCACGAUUGAAGAGAUUAUCGUUAGUUUGUCUUCUCUUGCUCUUAAAAAUGCGCUGUUUUUUGUUGUUUUUUUUCCUUGGCCUCCCUACACUGCAGUAGUCUUCCCAUGUGGUUGCAGCUUUGCACUUGUCGUGGUCUUUGAGAAACUGGUGUCCUGCAGAAGUAUGUAACAAAAUUAUUGCUUCUGUUUUGCUGCUGUGAAAAGUCCGAAGCAGCUGUUCAACUGGCAGUACAACAUGUGGUUACUAGCUCUAGAUGAAAUGUGCGAGUUGAUCUUGUUCUUUACAAGCCGGAAGUCAAACUCGCAGUCUUCUCCCACCGAUCUGGGAAGUACGCGGUCAUAGCUUGAAGGUUGCAAGAAUAACAAUCGUAUUUAACAGGCUUUUCACUUGAACGCUUCACUUCAUGUGUGCUGGCGAUAGGCACUAUGUUCUGUAUCACAUUGAGUGCAUUAGCUUCAUGUUUGAUGAACGCUGGUAAAAAGCAGCUGCUUUUAUUUUUCUGAACCUGCUCAUGUAUACAUUUUUUUAGUGGAUGCUGAUUGUUCUUUGCUCCAAAAAGUUCUGCAGUCUGCUGUCAGUUGCGUACUUGUUCGCUCUUCUAGCUUGGAUAAUUGCUGUAGUGGCUUGGACUGAACCCACUGAAGUGCAGUUUGCUUCAAGCCUCUGCAAAGCCGUGUCAAGUACCACUCCCAGCUUGCUGAUCCUGCCUGACGGCACACUCUUUGAACGUUAUCGCCUUUCUGUGUUUUGUUGAACUUAACUACACGGUGCUUUUGACAACAUGUUUCACUUACGCUUUUACCUACCUAAUUUCACCUUAUGUCUAGGACGGAGGGGCACUGCUCGCGGCGAAAUAGUGAGAAUUUUUUCUCGCUUUGUCUUCUGAAAGAAAUAUCUUGUAACGUAGCCAUUUUUUUCUGCCAUCAUUUGUUAUUUUACAACCUUCCUUAUAUCUUGCAUCAAGUGUCUGUUGUGCGAUCGCUGAUGCCGUAAGGGCAGCAAAAGAGAGAUAGUUGCCAUACUCGUUUCGCAGGAAGAACUUGAAGUACUGGCAUUUGCAGAAGUCGUGGUCAUCAUGGCUGAAUGUCACCCACGCUUUGCUGAGACUUGUGCUGCGACAAGUCAUGCAGCCGGCAUCGAAAAAGCAUGCUCGUCGAGAUCCCGCCAGAUGAAUUGGCACUGUGCUGGAUUUUGUUGGCUAUGCAAGCAACACUGAAGUGCUGGACUUUUUCUCAAAGUAGACACUGCUGAAGGAAUUUUUCCGAGGAAGUUGCCCUGUCACUCUUUUUUAACACGUGUCUCAACACGUGUGCCUGCUAAACAGCCUGCGUAGUUUUACGCAAAUCGCUGCACCAGUUCCAAGCAUCUCUGCGAUUGCAUUGAGACUACAGGUACAUUCUGCUGUGCCGCCAAGAAACAGCGGGGUUAGGGAGCCUUGAUACCAUUCUUGCGGUUUUGGUGUCACGUUGACAAGCGCUGUCAGACCUGUGCUAAUGCGAUACCUUCAUGCACGAGUUCUCUUGGAUCAUGAAAUUGCCUUUCUGGCGUGCGCAUGGCUUUGGGCACAGCCACUUUGGGCAUGUGUAAAUAAAGAGCAUGCACACUGUUUGCAGCCCUCGAAUGGCUCCUGAAGCAGCCUACAGGGGGUGCUCGAUCUUCUAGAGUGCGCCUCGACGCAACAUUGCUGCUUUUCGACGUGAGGGCGCACGUGGUACCGAGGCGUGGACUUGGAGGAAUAUGUAUACAGGGUGGGGUAGUAGUCAUUUUACAUUGCACCAUGAGAAAGAAGGUAAAAAAUAUAUAUAUUGUGGUAAAAGCACGAAAUCCUUGAUAACACUUAACGUCUGUGUUUUCAUUAGAUUGCCCAUCAACUGCUUUCAUUAGGUUUCCGUUCACUCUAGGCGAGCAGUGAGGGCUCUGUUGUCCAUACUUGCUAGGAGGCAUUUGCCCCUUGAAGAGGAGGUCCAGAAUGACUGAACCUUUUGUGUGUUUUGCAGACUAUUUUUUUCUUGUCCAGCGCCUCCCCUCCUCCCCUUUCCAUUUCUCUCACCAUCUUAUCCUUUUUUGGCUGUAGGCUGAGCAGGAACUUUGAGCGUAAAAAAAAACAUGAUGUUCGUAAGAGGUCAUAGCUGUCUUUCUUCUCCUGUCUUUACCCCAGCCUUUCCUUUUUUUCCCAGUCGCCAGGGGGCCGCCUGGUGGCGGUCCCUGCUGGCGAGAGUGAUAAGCUCCUUUAGGCGCGAUGCGAGGGGGUGGGUGGGAGGCAAACAAGCGGUACAGGUGGCGAAGUGCCUUCUGGUGGACCUUCGAGAGUGCAAAUCAGUAAAUCUGAUCAAACUUUGUGGUUGCUCGUCACGACGACAGGAUUUUAAGAGCUUUAGGGGAUAAAUGUCUGAAAAAAAGGGCCGGCAUGCAGAUGGCUUGCAUUUCCCAUGUACCUGUGCUCUCUCUACGUACUGUAGAGCAGUGGUUGAGACAUGCCUUGGGCGAUCAUUUGUGCAUCGCUGUGUAAUUAGUUUUUUUUUUU